GACUCCCACCUCGCCGUGAGAACAGAACUGUGCCGAACCGGACGUGCGUUUCUCUUUUAUACACCGCGCGUUGUUCACCGCGGAUCCAGAGUCGCAGCUGGCGUCGGGGUCUCGAACCUGCGGAAAGGACACGGAUCCAAGACCGGGACUGACUCUGAGGAUGAUGAAGUUGGUCAGUGGGGGCUCUGUAGUGAAUGCAGAGGCAGUAUGGGACCAUGUGACCAUGGCUGACCGAGAGCUGGCCUUCAAGGCAGGUGAUGUCAUCAAGGUGUUGGACGCUUCCAAUAAGGACUGGUGGUGGGGUCAAAUCGAUGAUGAGGAGGGCUGGUUUCCUGCCAGCUUUGUAAGGGUGGAGUCCCACCCCCCUCAAACCAAACAGCUUUUUUAUAUCAACCCUGUCGCUGCAUCACGCCUCACAAACGCCACGGCUAAGUUAUGGGUAAAUCAGGAGGAAAACACAGCAGUCGAGGCAACCGAAAGCUCCAGUGAAGUGCAGAACGGUCAUGCGGAGGCCAGUCCGAACCCCAGCACCGACUGCCUGUGUUUGGGCCAGCCCGCCCAGAACCGGGACCAGAUGAGAGCCAAUGUCAUCAAUGAGAUCAUGAGCACAGAACGACAUUACAUCAAACACCUGAAGGAUAUCUGUGAGGGGUAUCUGCGCCAGUGUAAAAAGAGAAGAGACAUGUUUAAUGACGAUCAGCUGAAGGUGAUCUUCGGGAAUAUCGAAGACAUUUACAGAUUCCAGUUGAGCUUCGUCAGAGACCUGGAAAAACAGUUUAACACGGAAGAACCUCAUCUCAGCGAGAUCGGACCCUGCUUUUUGGAACAUCAAGACGGAUUUUGGAUUUACUCGGAAUACUGUAACAAUCACGUUGAUGCCUGCAUGGAGCUCACACGUCUCAUGCGAGAUGCACGAUACCAGCACUUCUUUGAAGCAUGCCGAUUGGUUCAGCAGAUGAUUGACAUCGCCAUUGAUGGCUACCUGCUUACACCUGUCCAGAAAAUCUGCAAAUACCCUCUACAGCUAGCAGAGUUACUGAAAUAUACAGUACAAGAACACAGAACAACACGUGAUGUAAUAAGGAGAACACCACUAUUAAUCCUUGAGAUUUCCAAGCCAGCAUACAGUGAUUAUCGGUAUGUGGCUGCUGCGCUAGCGGUAAUGAGAAAUGUCACUCAGCAAAUCAACGAACGUAAACGAAGGCUUGAGAACAUUGACAAAAUCGCCCAAUGGCAGGCUUCAGUACUGGACUGGGAGGGUGAGGAUAUUUUGGACAGGAGCUCAGAGCUUGUGUACACUGGGGAGAUGUCCUGGAUAUAUCAACCAUACGGCCGCAGCCAAACCAGAAUCUUCUUCCUAUUUGAUCAUCAGAUGGUCCUUUGCAAGAAGGAUCUCAUUCGACGUGAUAUUCUCUACUACAAGGGCCGGAUCGAAAUGGAUCGAUAUGAGGUCAUCGACGCAAUCGACGGCCGAGAUGAUGAUUUUAACGUCAGCGUGAAGAACGCUUUCAAACUAGCAAAUAAAGACACGGAUGAGAUCCAUCUGUUCCUGCCCAAAAAGCUAGAGGAGAAAAUCCGUUGGCUUCGGGCAUUUCAAGAGGAAAGAAAGAUGGUCCAGGAAGAUGAGAAGAUUGGGUUUGAAAUCUCUCAAUAUCAGAAGCGGCAAGCAGCCCUGACCGUUAGGAGGGUCACCAAACAGAAAGGUAUGGGUCGGUCAGUCCCCCCAGCGUAUCCACCUCCUUUGGACCCCAUGAACCCCGGGCAGUAUCUUCUCCCUGACGGCUAUGGACAGGCCGACGGAUACGAAUAUGAGGCCAAACGCAGCACAUCCCCCUUCUGGCAGAACUUCAGUCGGUUAGCUCCCUUUAAAAAAUAGAACACACAUCCACCAGUGGUUGAAGACACUGGCCUCUGUAUAUCUGGAAAAGCACUAUUCUAUUUAAGAUAUAUCCUGCAGAUUUUAGGAGGACCGACACAAACUACAGGAGAGAGGAUGAACCUCGCUUUACUGGGGUUUACCAGGCAAAUUAGUUUUACUGGGGUUACGGGGACACCUUGCCGGGUUGGUUGCACACUACAUAUUGUAAUUCACUACAAUUAAACAAACACAAUCAUACAAACACACAGGUAAAACUCAACCACAUUUUAUCACUCCUCUUAAAGAGGUUUUAAAUGAUGAAAUAAGAAAAGUCUCUUACGGUUUCUUUUUUUUCUCCAUACACAAAUCAAGGGAAUGAAUUUUCACCUUUUAAAGCACUAAACCACCAUAAUGACUCUGCUGUCUAUCGCCGCCCUGGUGUUCCUCCGUGCACUGUGACUAUUCGGGGCAUUCUCUCACCCAAUCUCUCUUUUUCUCUUAUACUCCACAUUAUCAUGUGUUUUUAACAAUUCAAACCUGGUGAAAACUCAAGUUUUAUUUUUCCUGGACAAUUUCUCCUUGGAUGGAUCCUGCUGCACUCUUUGGUUUGUUUUGCAUGAAAUUCUACACAGUUCAUUGCAGGUAUUUUUAUUUGUGUAAUUCUGUUCGUACGGGUCGAAGUUUCAAAGAACAGUGUUUCACACUCUGCAAAAUGGUCAUGCAAGUUGUGGUCUACUGGAAAUAUGGAUAUCUCGACAAAACAGUGUUGAAAUUCAGAGAAACCAACACACGAAAAAAUAGGCGACGAGUCUUCAGAAUCAAUCAAGCCUUGGAUCGUUUUGGUUCGAUGGAGCUUUCAGAGCCCUGAUAAAACUACAGUUAAGUGAUAUCAGCUUUAAAGUCCAGAGAAACCCAUAAGAGGAACUGUUCUGCCCUCAACAGUCCUGUAGGACUGUAGACCUCUUGUAGCUUGUUUACGUCAAAGCCUUGAUAAUCCCGAGGUCUCAGUCUCUCUCAUCGUCAGCACAAUCUGACAUCAAACCAGGAAUAAUGUGAAAAUAAUACCACUUCUAAGCCCUGUCUUCAUUUUAAGAAUCCUCCAAAUAUCAGUUUUUUAUGGACGGGAUCGAUGAUCCAUGGAAUAGGAUGACUUUAAUCCUGCUGAUAAACCUCUGCGUGACGUGCCGAUUCAUCUCUAACAUGCCAAAAUAGUCUGGUUGCCAAAUUUUCCUCAAACAGGUGCAUUGGCAUGUGCGAAUGCCAACCCCAUGAGCUGGUACCCCGCCAUGUGACUUCUCAGGCGAAAAUUAAGUCAGUUAAAUUUGGUUAUCGCUGCUAGGAUUAGCAUGACAUAGCGUUUCCAUUUUCCUUUUGUUGUUUUUGAUUAUCUAUAUACAGUAUAUGUAUAUUUAUUUUUUCCCACAUUAAAGGGACUUGUGCAAAAUAUUAUUUAUGGUAUAUUCGGGUUUUGUCUGAUAACUUUCAAAAGAUAGUAUUUAGUCCAAUCACAAUAUUUAAAGUAUUGCUAUAAAUCAUUAUUAUAUUAUAGUGUGAUUUAAUUUUUUUUUCCAUCCUUGAUCCUCUUUCUAUAUUUUAGAGUUUCUGCUGGAGUGUUAAAGACCCUUGAGGGCAUCAAAAAUAAACGUAAGAGGACUGUGUGGAAGAAAUAUGUCACACGUGUACUAAGUGCCACAUGAAACUAUUAUUAUGUUACAAAGGAAAGUAUCGGUUUAAUAUUUUUGAUUUGGUGAUCUGAUUGAAAUAAGAACAUUAUUUCAUAAUAAACUUAAUUAU